CCGUGUGGGUGCCAUGGGAUCGGUGCAUCCGUGUGGGGAAGGGCUUUGGGAACAACGUGCUGGGAAGGGAUGGGGAGUGGCCCCUGGAGUUUCCCCUGUCCUGAUCCCAGCCCCAUCCCUUGGCAGCUGGAAUGUGUCCUGGCUGACAUUCCCAUGGGAUGGAAUCCCUGAACCCUGGCAGGGCCCUGCAGCACAACCCUUGUUCAGCACCGGCUGCUGCCACCCACGGAAAACCUGGGGAAAGCGGGAAAAAUGGGAGUGCAGGAAGCGAAAGUGAAACCACGUGGGCGGAGUCAGGAGGGAGCUCAUCCCGUGCUGUGGGUUUGGAAGAAGGAAUUGGAGUUAUUUGUGCUUUAUUUCAAGGAUGAAGCCCUCCAGGAAGAGGCACCUCACGGCCCCCGAGUGCGCUGCCCUGGCCCGGAGCUCGACCGCCCUCACACAGCCCCUGAGCCAGAGCCGGGCGAGAGGAGACGGCAACAGGGGCCUGCAUCCCACCCAGCCACGGAGAGCCCACAGAGGACAAGGCCAGCAGAUGAACAUCCUGGAUUUCUUUGGGAGAUCCCAGAAGCAACAAGCAGGUGCUGGUGGGACGAAGAACUGUGGGACCAAAGAGGAGCCGGGGGAUCCCCUUCUCCCCGGCGCUGAUGAUUCCUUCAGCAGCCACACGGACAUCAGCAGCGACUGCUCCGUGCUCCUGGAGGAGGAGGACUCGGUGCCAGCUCCCAGGGGGAGCUCCAGGAAGCGGCCCCGCGCCGCUGCAGCCUCAGGAACCCCCAACCCUGAGCGGGAUUUGUGGGGGGAGCCUGAGGAGGAGCUGCUGGUUCCUCCAGAGCUCAGCCAGGUCAAGCCGGAACCAGAGGAUGUGGAGGUGGAGCCAGUCCCUGAUUCACACUACGGGCUCCUGGGCACUCGGAGCUGGGAGGAGCCCCAGGGCAGUCUGGAUGAGCUGCCUGUCGAAGUCCUCAGGAACAUCUUUGCCUUCCUGCCCGUGACUGAUCUGUACCAGAGCCUGAGCCUGGUGUGUCGCUGCUGGAGGGACAUAGUCAGGGAUCCACUGUUCAUUCCUUGGAAAAAGCUGUACCACCAGUACCUGCUGAGGGAGGAGUCAGCCCUGCGCAGAGUGGAGCAGAUCCUGCAGGAUUUCUCCAUCACAGAGGAGCAGGAAGGAUGUGUCUUGGGGCUGGUCACGUUGGUGUCGGCCACGCCCGUCAGGGGGAAGGUGGAUCCCAGCGUGGUGCUCCGGUGCUUGGGGAGCCACCACCUCUUCUCCAAGGCCCAAGUGUGCGUGGCCAACAAGCUACCCCAUCUGCAGAGCAGCACAGGGGCUGAGAAGAUGUGGGCCAUCAUUGCAGUCAUGGUGCUGUUCUCCGACAGCGUGGGCGACAUCCAGAGCCUGCUGGAGUGUGUGAGGAGACCCCGCUCCAACCUGUCGGUGCUGGAGGUGACCGAGGUGCUCUACUGCAUCGCCACGCUGCUGUUUGCCAUGAGGGACAGGAACAUCCCCAUCACCAACAGGAUCCAUUACAACGUUUUCUACUGCUUGUACCUGAUGGAGAAUUCCUCUGUGACCGCUGCGAAUGUGGAAGAGGACACGCUGGCCUCGCGCUGCAGGCGGGACUUAUGGUCCAGCUGUGAUGAGGUACAACUGACCCACGAGCAGCAGAGGAUUCUGAACCACAGGAUCCAGCCCGGGCAGAUCGUGAAGAUCAUGGCGUUUGCAGGCACAGGGAAAACCUCGACCUUGGCCAAGUACACGGAGAAAUUCCCGGAGCUGAACUUCCUGUAUGUGACUUUCAACAAGGCUGUGGCAGACAAGGGGAGAAGGGUCUUUCCCAGGAAUGUCACCUGCAAGACUUUCCACUCCCUGGCGUUUGGGAGCGUCGGGAAGCACUACAAGGAGCGGGGCCGGCUGGCCUUCUCCAAGCUGUCGGUGUUCUCCGUGGCGUCGCUGCUGCGCACUCGCCAGGGCCAGGCGCUCUUCGUCAGGGCCAAGACGGUGUCGCAGACCCUGGAGAGCUUCUUCGCCUCCUCGGACGAGGAGAUCUGCGAGGAGCACACGCCCGUCUGGUUCAGGAACACCCACGGGAACAUGAGGCUCGUCAGCCCUGAGGAAAAGCGGAUCAUCGUGGAAGAGGCCAAAGAAAUAUGGCGCAACAUGAAAAAGCUGGAUGGAGACGUGGAGAAGAGAUACAAGAUGACUUGUGAUGGGUACCUGAAGCUGUGGCAGCUCAGCAGGCCCCAGCUCUCAGGAUACGACGCCAUCUUCGUGGACGAGGCCCAGGAUUGCACUCCAGCCAUCGUGGACGUGGUGCUGUCGCAGCCGUGCGGGCUCGUCCUGGUGGGGGACCCCCACCAGCAGAUCUACACCUUCCGUGGCGCCGUCAACACCCUGCAGGACGUGCCACACACACACGUCUACUACCUGACACAGAGUUUCCGGUUUGGCCCCGAAAUCGCCUACGUGGGAGCCACAAUCCUGGACGUUUGCAAAGGGAUCCGCACCAGGACCCUGCUGGGCGGGACCCAACAGGGUGCCGUGCGGGGCUCCCUGGCCGGGCAGAUCGCGCUCCUGUCCCGCAGCAAUUCCAGCGUCUUCGACGACGCCAUCAAACUCACCUCGAGGGACAGACACAUCCCCAUCCACCUCAUCGGGGGCCUGGCUCGGUUUGGCCUGAGCAAGAUUUACGAUAUCUGGAAACUCAGCCAGCCUGCAGAAAUCAGGGAGAGAGACAACCUGGAGAUCAGGGAUCCGUUCAUCCGGAAGUGGGCGGACACGCAGGGGUUCCCGGGCCUGAAGGAAUACGCGGCGCACGUGGAUGACCGGGAGCUGCAGGUGAAGAUCUCCAUCGUCGACAAGUACCGGGAGCGCAUCCCCGAGCUGGUGCGGAAGAUCGAGGCGUCCCACGUGUACCAGGAGUCCCUGGCAGAUUAUCUCAUAGGGACUGUCCACCAAGCCAAAGGCCUGGAGUUCGACACGGUGCUGGUUGCAGAUGAUUUUGUGAAGGCCCCGGUUGGGAGCGGCGCUUCCCAGAGGAGAACCAACCUGGCCAUCGGCGCGGUCCCGGAGGAUGAGUGGAACCUGCUCUACGUGGCCGUCACACGGGCUAAGAAGUGUCUGCUGCUCUCCAAAUCUCUGGAGCACCUCCUGACCUUGGCUGGGGAGCGUUUCCUUCGGGUGGAGCUGAUGAGUGAGGCUGCCAAGGACGGAGCAUCCCGCGCCUGCUGCGUGUCAGGAUGCCCAAACACGUUGGAUCCCAGCUCCAGGCUGGUUGUCAGGAAGCUCCCGUUGACUCACAGCACCGGCAGCCGCGAUCCCGGGGGAUUCCUGUGCCCGCCUUGCAGCCGGCAGCGCUUCGGCCCCCUGGCUGCGCUCACCUCCCUGCCAGCGCUCCAGACACAGCCCUGCCAGCCCUAAGGGAGCCCUGCCAGCUUCCCAAAGCCUGCUGGCACAUCCCAGCUCGGGAACCAGGCGGGUACCGGAGUGGGGUUUGGAUGGAUGUUGGAACGGGAUUCCAGCCCGGCUCCAGAGGAACCCCACAGGCUCUGGGAGAGCUUCCCUGCAGCUCUGCCUCGCCUUCCAGGAGCUGGGAAGCAGAAUAUUCCAAAGAACGUGCACUUUAAGGACUGGAUCAGCAUUAAUUUCGGAGCAUUAUCCCUGUUAGCUCUGGCACAGUGACCAAACUUCUCUGGAUAUCCCCCCCUCCUCCCUGACGUCAGCCCUGGCUGAAAUCCCUCGGAUCCACUGGCAGAAGAGGAAAAGCCACCCUGGAAAGCUCCCAGAGGAGCAGUCUAUUUCUGGGAAAUGGACUUUCCCUGGGCCAGCAACGGGAGGAAAUCAUUAAUCCCUCCCAGGGAAGGAAUUCCCCUUCCUUGAGCCAAGGGCUUUCCCAGCCUGUUCCCUUUGCCCAGCACCAGACCAUGGGAAGAACUGCUCUGGUUCGGCACAAACUGGAGGGAGCUUUUCAUCCCAGAAUUCAAUUUACAACCAAAAAAAAAAGAAAAGCCUUAAAAACUUCCUUUUUUUCCUCUUCCUCAAGAAGUGCCUCAGCAGCUCUUGGAAAUGCCAGUGGGAUUUGCUCCGCUGGGCCGCAAUUCCAGAGCCUGCGAGCCGGGGAAGAGCGGAACUGGAAGUGCUUUUGGAAGGGAUUUGCCCUCGGAUCCCGGCCCAGAGCUGGAGGAGGCUCGUGCAUUCCAUUAUUCCCACGGAAGGGCUGACUCCAGGAGCACAUUCCCUGCUCCGCUCGCCCUGGGGGCGGGAAUUCCCGCUUGGAUUGGGAUGUGACUGCAAAGCCAUCGGAGCAGGAGCCUCCAGAGCUCCCUCCCAGCUGUUUUCCCACCGUCCCACGGGAGGACGAGGCACAGCAGCCAGGGAAGAACAUGGAAUCCCAGCUCUUGCUUUCCAACCCUUUUCCAGGCAUGGGAAUUCUGGUGCCUGCCGAGCCCGUGGUGCUGCAGGAAAUGGAUUUCCUCCCAGUCCAAUCCAACCCUUCCCGAUCCCGGCCGAGACCCCCAGUCAGUCAAUCAAUCAACUGCUCGGUGUAAUUUUAUAUAAAAUAUAGAUAUUUAUACUUAAAAAAGGCA